AUGUACAAACUAACCUACUCCCUGGUUAAGUACCAACAACCUACCCAUGCAACGGAAAACCAACGCAUCACAGGCAAUACAAGAGAGCCCAUGCAAAUGCACACGAGAGGGAAAAGUAAACGUAACAAUGCAGAGGAAGGCCACCAAGCCCGUUCCACUGCUGUAACAGGUGAUCUCGCGGGGGAUAACAAGGAAGGCCUGUUCUGUGGCUGGGAUGAGCAUUGGCUCGGUCAACGUACAGAACAGCAAGGGUCGAUAUAUGUUAAAAACCUAGCCAACGUACAGAACAGCAAGGGUAACUCGAUAUAUGUUAAAAACCUAGCCAACGUACAGAACAGCAAGGGUAACUCGAUAUAUGUUAAAAACCUAGCCAACGUACAGAACAGCAAGGGUAACUCGAUAUAUGUUAAAAACCUAGCCAACGUACAGAACAGCAAGGGUAACUCGAUAUAUGUUAAAAACCUAGCCAACGUACAGAACAGCAAGGGUAACUCGAUAUAUGUUAAAAACCUAGCCAACGUACAGAACAGCAAGGGUAACUCGAUAUAUGUUAAAAACCUAGCCAACGUACAGAACAGCAAGGGUAACUCGAUAUAUGUUAAAAACCUAGCCAACGUACAGAACAGCAAGGGUAACUCGAUAUAUGUUAAAAACCUAGCCAACGUACAGAACAGCAAGGGUAACUCGAUAUAUGUUAAAAACCUAGCCAACGUACAGAACAGCAAGGGUAACUCGAUAUAUGUUAAAAACCUAGCCAACGUACAGAACAGCAAGGGUAACUCGAUAUAUGUUAAAAACCUAGCCAACGUACAGAACAGCAAGGGUAACUCGAUAUAUGUUAAAAACCUAGCCAACGUACAGAACAGCAAGGGUAACUCGAUAUAUGUUAAAAACCUAGCCAACGUACAGAACAGCAAGGGUAACUCGAUAUAUGUUAAAAACCUAGCCAACGUACAGAACAGCAAGGGUAACUCGAUAUAUGUUAAAAACCUAGCCAACGUACAGAACAGCAAGGGUAACUCGAUAUAUGUUAAAAACCUAGCCAACGUACAGAACAGCAAGGGUAACUCGAUAUAUGUUAAAAACCUAGCCAACGUACAGAACAGCAAGGGUAACUCGAUAUAUGUUAAAAACCUAGCCAACGUACAGAACAGCAAGGGUAACUCGAUAUAUGUUAAAAACCUAGCCAACGUACAGAACAGCAAGGGUAACUCGAUAUAUGUUAAAAACCUAGCCAACGUACAGAACAGCAAGGGUAACUCGAUAUAUGUUAAAAACCUAGCCAACGUACAGAACAGCAAGGGUAACUCGAUAUAUGUUAAAAACCUAGCCAACGUACAGAACAGCAAGGGUAACUCGAUAUAUGUUAAAAACCUAGCCAACGUACAGAACAGCAAGGGUAACUCGAUAUAUGUUAAAAACCUAGCCAACGUACAGAACAGCAAGGGUAACUCGAUAUAUGUUAAAAACCUAGCCAACGUACAGAACAGCAAGGGUAACUCGAUAUAUGUUAAAAACCUAGCCAACGUACAGAACAGCAAGGGUAACUCGAUAUAUGUUAAAAACCUAGCCAACGUACAGAACAGCAAGGGUAACUCGAUAUAUGUUAAAAACCUAGCCAACGUACAGAACAGCAAGGGUAACUCGAUAUAUGUUAAAAACCUAGCCAACGUACAGAACAGCAAGGGUAACUCGAUAUAUGUUAAAAACCUAGCCAACGUACAGAACAGCAAGGGUAACUCGAUAUAUGUUAAAAACCUAGCCAACGUACAGAACAGCAAGGGUAACUCGAUAUAUGUUAAAAACCUAGCCAACGUACAGAACAGCAAGGGUAACUCGAUAUAUGUUAAAAACCUAGCCAACGUACAGAACAGCAAGGGUAACUCGAUAUAUGUUAAAAACCUAGCCAACGUACAGAACAGCAAGGGUAACUCGAUAUAUGUUAAAAACCUAGCCAACGUACAGAACAGCAAGGGUAACUCGAUAUAUGUUAAAAACCUAGCCAAAGAUCGAGAAAUAACUGCUCUACAAGAACAAUGGCUGUAUAACUUCGAAACAGUCCAACAUUAUUAA